UUCUUUCAACUUCAAAACCAAGCAACAAACUGUAAAUUUUGCAACUUCCGUAGCUCCCACGACUCGCCCCUUAAGCGCGGCGAUUGCAACGGUUAUAUUUCUACAAAAUUGAUUAAAUAAAAUAAUGUCCGAGUCAAACGCCGACUCGGCCCGAAACAUUAAUAAUGUUGUAGUACCGGAGAUCUCAAUCGAGAUCGUGAGCGAAGAAGAGAUGGCUCUAAUCGAUGCAGCCUUAGCAGCAACUCGCUGUUCAUUUACUUCCUCUACAAUUCCUUCAAUUUGUUCUCCAUCUCAGUUUCAAAGAAACGCCAGGUCUCUACGCUUUAUCACGUUACUAUCAAAAAGGAGGUUUCCGGAUUGUAGUACACCAGAUAUUGAGGAUUCGGGUGAUUUGGGGUUAAGCCAUAAGAGGAAUAAGGUUCCCGAGUCGUUUUUGGAACGAUUUAGGAAGGGGAGAGGCUUGUCUGUUACUGAUAUGACUGGCACGGAAUGGUGUGAAAAACAAAUGGAGUAUACUCUACUUUUUGGCAGAAAAAGAGUCAAUAAAGCUAUGAGAGCAGGCAAGGCACGCCAUGAAAAACUUGAAGAAGAAGUCUCUAGAAAUGUCAAAAUUCAUGUCCAGUCAGGUGAAGAUGCAUGGGCUAUUAAAUUCAUUAAUUUCAUAACUAGAGCAAAUCAAUUGUUGUUUGAAGGGCUGACACGUGAGCUGCCACUAUAUGGCUUUAUAGAAGGUGUAUGGAUGGUGGGAGUGAUUGAUGAGAUUCAGAUGCCUGUAAAAGAAACUCAUAGCAACCCGAUAUUAGUGGACACAAAAACUCGUGUCAGCGAGACACUCCCUGCUGAAUCACAAAGAAGAAAUGGAAGGCUUCAACUAAUGUGCUACAAGUAUAUGUGGGACAAUUUAGCAGCUGGUGCUUUUCCAUCCAGACAGUUUUUUGAUUACUUUUCGCUGAAUCCUGAAUAUGUCUUGUCUGAAGAAAUAAGAGAGAGCACUGCCGAUGAAGGUUAUCCAGCGAAGACCCUUGAGGACAUUGUGACAUUCUAUAUGAAUACAUGGAACAUGCUGCCUUCUGCUCACAACCAGCUGUUACUGAGAUACGAAUUUCAGAAAGAUCAGUCACUAAUUGGCGAAGACAAAUUUUAUUACGACGAAAAUUGGCUUAAGAGUCGAAUUCAAGAUUGCCUUGGAUUCUGGAGGGGUGAGCGGGAAGCUAGUUACACACCAGUGGAAGACCGUUGGAAAUGCCAGUUUUGUCAAUUUGCGCCGGUUUGCUCUGGAAAUUCCAAGCCUGAAAGCACUCCCAGUUCCUCUCAGGCUGAUUCUAAUACUUCAUCGUCUCAGAAAGAAACGCUUUAAGGUGUAGGCCAUGCUAGCUUCCUGCAAAGAAGCAAAAAUUGUGUAGGAGCUUCUUUGUAUAAACUGUAGCUUUGUAUUGUUUGUGUUGUAAGCAUUCUGUUGUAUGCUUUGUUCAUUCGAUGUUGUAAAACCCAAGUGUAUUCAUCAUUUGAUUAUAAAAAAAUUAUUAUUAUUUAUUUACCAUU